AUGGUGUACCAGAUCCUGGGAAGUAAGGCCAGCAGCAAAGCGACCUCCUCCACAUGUGCAACGCCACCCCGCACGGUGCCACCCAUGUGGGGAAGCUCAUUGUGGCUGGGGUUGGGUCAAGAACUGUGCUUCAGUAUUGGAGAUGAUGAUCACCUGACGCGAAGUCCCGACGGAACAUCGUUUCAGGAGGACAUCUCAGAGAAUUCCUCCACGGAUGUCUUUGCCGAGAAUGAGGCUCUACGCUCAGCACUGGGUGAGUGCUGGCAACGCUUGAAGGAUUUGGAGGCUGAGAGGGAAGGCUUCGUUUCCGAAGGCGUUUUCGAUCUGGUGAAUACUUUGUGUCAUGGGGUGAAAGCAGCUGGAGCACGGAACGAACGGAACGCCGAUUCGGAAGCUUUGCCCAUCGAGUUCAGCUGA